GAAUAAUUACCGGAAUGUGUUUUCUAUUUUAUUUAUUUGUUUACGUUUGCUUGAUGCCCAUAGGAACUUAAUAAUAUGAUGUUUGCAAAGAUAUUUUAAUUUAAAAUAAACUCGUGUUAAACGUGUAAGACGGAAAGGGAGACACAUGCAACCGAAAUCGUUGUGCGCUUAGUGUAAUUUUUUUUUAAUUUGCAACCAGAUACAUGUAUAAAAAAUAAAAAUCACUUCAAGGAUUGGGAAACUAGUGGAUAAUUUCGUCGUGUGAUUAAAUUUGAUUGUUACAAAAUUUCACGUGUAUUUUUUUCUAAUCCAAAAAGUGCUAUAUUUGCCUAUAGAUUAAACAUCUAAAUAAAUGUAAUUUUUCAAAGGAAAAUGACAAAACUGAACAUAUGAAGUUUUAUUGGAUUUAUACAAGUGAAGACUUCUGAAAAAGAAAUACAAAUAUCAAGAAAUUAGUGAAAUGUUUUGCACACAUUGAACGAUCGACGUUUUGGAAUUUGCGCUGCCUUCUGCAAACAAUGGAACUAUUUAUGCUUUCCAUAACUUAAUAUUUUAUGAAUACAAUAUUGACACAAUUGUUACCGUCGCCUUUGUUUAUAUUUGGUUAAUAAGAUAUUUAUUAGAUAUUUAUUACUUUACGAGAUUGAAGUUUACUUUUCAUUUUCGUUGUGUAAAUUAUCGAAAGCGAUGACGGACUUGGAUCCGAACGUUAAAGUUUUAUAAGCGUUUUUCGGGUUGUAUAAAAGGUUACCGUGUAUUCCGAGCUCAGAGGUUUCGAUUAAGUGCUAACCAGAAGUUUUGUUAAAUGUGCCAUUGGAUAUAAAUAUUCACCAAAAGUUAAACGAUUUCCUGGAUUUUUACCUGCUGUAUCACCAAAUAUGCAUUGAAGCUGACGUGUAGUGUUCUGCUUAAAAAAAGAAAACGUACCAUAUGUAUUUCCUAUCAGAGUUGCUUGGAGUUUUACUUUGAGAAGAGCAACCAAAUCUAAAAUGGUUUUAACCGAUUGUUCUGAAGUUCCGCAGUCGUCUAACUAUAUAUUAAAAAGAAGGGGAAAGGAGAAAGUUAAAGAUGACGCUCCAAAAUUAUCUGCUAAGGAGGCCUUUAGAGCAUUUGUGUAUGACACACUGAAGAACGUGUUCAGCCUUACAGCACGUGAUGAUGGCGACAUAAACGUGAAUAUAGAUAACGUCACUCCACUGAUGAAGGCUCUGGAACUGGACACCAAAGAUGAGGCCUACAUAGACAUGGUGCACGAAGCCUGCAUAGAGAGUUUUGGAAACAUCAACAUAAAUGAGUUUGAUGAAACUAUAAUGGAACAAAGGAGGCGUACCACAGGGGAGGAGUUUGACGAUGACUUUAGGUCCGCCUUCAGAUUGAUUGACAUAGAUGGUGAUGGUGUCAUAUCGGUCCAGGAUUUGUACCAACUAAUGAUGGGUAUUGGUGAAAUGUUAACAGACGACGAACUUUCGGAACUCCUCAAAGGGGCCGAUGCUGACGGAGAUGGAGAAGUUAGUUAUAAAGAUUUUCGUUUUUUCUUGACCGGUGAAGUACUCGAAGAGGACAUUGAACCAGAAAACGAAGAUGUUGAAGAUGAAACUGAAAACGUCGAACCAGAACCGGAAGUUGAAGCCGACAAUACAGCUGAUGAAGUGAAACCUGAAGAAGAGGAAAAGCCCGAGGAAUUAACAAAAGAGGAAGAGGAGACGCGUGCGCAGAAAGAAGUGACGAAGCGUAAAAGUUUGUUAUGGGCAUUUGCUUCUCAGAAAUACGAAAAACCAGUGGAAACUAAAAUACCAGAUUUAAUAAAGGAAAUAAAAAAAGAAGAGAAACACGAUAUAAUUGAAGAGGAAGACAAGAAGGACGUUGAUAAUGACAACGAAAUUGAAUCAGAACCAAAACCCGUGACAUCAGUCACUGUCAAUUAUUUAGAAUCAGUGAAAGAAACGGACAUCGUCGAACACGUGGGAAUAAAUCAGAACCAGCGUAAUGCCGCUUUACGAAGACAGUCAUUUUCAGCUAUGACAAGUGUGGAUUCGGGAUUCGAUGGGACGGAUGCUGAAGACAUACAGUCACAUGUAAAUGACCAAUCAGAAAGCGUUACCGACGACGGAUUUUGUUCCCGAGCUACAUCGGCAAGAUCCAGAUUAACACACGAUAAAAGCCGAAUAUCGUCUGCUAAAAGCCAUUAUUCUAGCAGGCCGUCCACAGCUAAAAGUAUUGCUGAAGAAAGUUUUCAGGAUAGUGAACAAAGUAAUGAACUUUUCCCAAACGGAAGUGAUCAAUUAGGACGCAGAUCUUCUCGGAGCACUAUUGUAGAUGUCGAAAACGAGUCCGACGAAGAAAGUGCAAUUGCAGACGACUGUGAGUUUGAUACUCCUUUGACGGAAAGGCAACUAGUGUUUUUAAAGCAAAGGGAAGAACAACAAAUAUAUUGUGAAUUGGGGAUUGAAAGAAAGGUAGAAAAUAUUGAACCACGUGACUUAAGUAGUGAUGAAGAUUCUUUAGAUUUGGAAUCAGUUAGUCAGUAUGACCCAAAUGAAAUUACUCCGCGAGUGAAUUUAUCUCUUUUAAAAACAAAACACAAAAAGGCAGUCCCAAUUCUAGAACGAAGCAGAUCUGCUACACGUUUGAGAACAUUUAAGAAAAUUCAAAAGGCCAUUUUAGUCAGACAAAACACAGAUCCUAGAAUGAAUGUUGAACACAUAAGAGCAGCUAACGAGAGAUUUGUGCGAGAACAAAAGACAAAACAACAAAAAACAAACACGAAUGGACUUUAUUGUACGCAUAUAAGUCUUGAUUUGAACGUUGAAAAAGAAGAAAGUCAGAAAUCUCCUAAACCAAAAAUGAACCCAAGAUAUAAUAGUAAAAACGCUGUGCCAUUAAACACGAAAGUUUCAUCACAACAGACCUCUUUACGAAUGUUGUUGAAAAGACCACAGACUGCUAUGACGUAUAGAGAAGCCGAAAAAUUAAACAUUGUGUAUGGGAAAAACUAUGACUUAAAUUCACCGAGAAGUAACUUCGGCGGGGAAAUGAAAAUUGUCGAUUUAGCAAAAUGUGUAACUAUAGAUACAGGUAGUAUUGAACGACCGGGAUUAGCACAUCACCAUCAUGGUUAUAAAAGCGUUUUACCGUUAGGACGCGUACUGUCAGGAUAUAAGAGUAAAAUAAACCAAGGAAAUGGCAUAAUUUUAAAUUCAAUAUCGAGAAAGCUUGAGCGAAUUGACUAUUUUACAAAUUUAGGAAAUGGAAGGCCAACAACGCCGCCAUUUUCUCAGAGCAUGUCGACAAAACAAGUAUCAUCAAAUAAACAAUUUUCUCGAAGCAUAUCGACACAACAGGUACCACAGAGACAAUCAGUUAUAAAUUUAGAAAUACCGGAAGGUGCGCGUUUGUCAUGCAGACGACAAACACAAUAUACAAGGUUUACAUCAAAACCGCUUAUACGAACAUGAUAGCCAUUAAUUUAUCUGAAAUAAAAUGUUAAGUUUUUUAA